AUGCAAAGCCAGCGGCGCGACGAAUCGUCGGACGACGACGAGGCCUGGCGCGUCGCGAAGCCCAAGAUCAAGUCCGCAAAAAAGCGCACGCCCUUGCAGCGCGAGACCUUCUACGAGGGCGCGCACGGCGACGCGGCGCUCGCGGCCUGGCGCGAGGAGAGCGCGGCGCUCGAGGCGCGCGUCGAGGAGGCGCGCGCGGCCCGCGCGCUCGGCUCCGCGACAAUCUUCGCGAAGCAGGCCUGGGCGCUCGAGGUCGCGGACAUCCUCGCCGGCCGCGGCGCGCCGGAGGCCUUCGCCGACGACCGCGAGGGCUUCGCGCGGCGGAGCGCCGCGCGCGCGGACUACGCGUUCUACGGCGUCGACGCCGGCAACCCCGUCCGCCUCUGGGCGGAAGAGAUCGGCUCCGAGGGCCAGCGGCGCUACGUCGUCGCCCACGACCAUGCGUUCCGCGACCUCUACGACAGGAGCGACGCGCGCCACUACUACGAGCUGAUCCGCGAGGCGACGCCGUGCCGCGCGUAUUUCGACCUGGAGUUCGCCGUGGCGGGCAACGAGGCGCUCGACGGCGACGACGCGACGCGCGCGUGGCUGGCGACGUUCGCCGACGCGGUGGAGAAGGCCUUCUACGCGCCGACGCAAUUGUUCCGCGAGCACGCCGCCGCCGCGGACGCGCUGGGCUUCUACGACCUCUGCCCCGACCUUGACGUGCAGCUGCGCCUCGAGCUCGACGGGUCCCCGGACCUCGACGCCGCGAUCCCGCGCUUCGAGGCCGCGGCGGCCGCGGCGGACGCGGACGAGGCGGCGCUCUACGAGCAUCUGGCGGGCGUCUGCCGGCGGCGCCGCGGCGAGCCCUUCUCGGCCGUCGACCACGUCGACGGCGUGCUCCAGCUCGACGCGUCGACGGACAGCAAGUUCUCGCGCCACUGCACCUUCGCGCUGCCCGACGGCGCGCUCUUUGCCGACGCCGUGGCUCUGGGCGGCUUCGUCCGCGGCGUUUUAGCGGCCUCGCCGAAGCUCCGCGUCGUCCGGGGAAGCGACGGCGGCCUCGAGACGAUCGUCGACGCGUCCGUCUACUCGCGGAAUCGCCUCUUCCGCCUCUGCGGCUCGACGAAGCGCGGCAAGCAGCGGCCUCUCGUGGUUUUGCCCCGGGGCGCGCUCGCCGCGAACGCCGGCGACGACGUCCUGCCCGAGGCGUCGCUCGUCGUGCCGCUCGCGCCGGCGGCGCGGCUCCUCCUCGCGCGCGACGGCGAAGCGCCGCCGCCGGAGCCCGCCGACGCGCGGCGCCGCAGCGCGCCGCAGCCGCGGCCCCUGCCCCUGCGCGAGCGGCCGUCGGUGCUCGCCGAGGGCCGCCUGCCGAGCCGGUUCCCGGGCAGGACAAGAGAGCGAAAUUCCCAACUUCAAAGGCUCCUAUCUCGGCCGUUUUCCACUCGUUUCGGCUGA